AUAGGAAACCAUAAAAUAUGGAUUACCUUAGAGGGUACAUGAAUAAUGCAACUGUUAUCUUCAUACUUGAUCUGGAUAAACGAAACUUCUUACUUAACCCAACUUUCCGCAUUUUCCAAAGAACUUCUUUUUAUUAAAACUGUGAAACAAAUCACUUCCACACACAGCCCUGUAAUGACAGGAACAGCAUGUGGACAAUAUGACGGAAACGCUAUAACCCCAAUAGACUGAGGAAUAGAAUUUUUGUGUUGACCAUAUUGAAAGAACUUCGGUUGGCAUUACUGAAAGUUAAAAUUCUAUUUGUUUGCAAAAGAUUGAUCUUUUCGUGGUGGAAGUGAUCGUGUUGAGUGACAAUUAGUGUGAAAGAAACGGAAAGUGGAAGAUUUCGCUGAAUUUUAAAGAGGACAUAUCGUCAAUGCGCAUUUGACUGGAACAUGUAUGACAAAAACACAUUAUUAUGUGUAUCGAGACUGAGAGUUUCUAAGGUUAUGUCGGAAUACACAAAUGAAGGGAAGACAUUAGCGAAGAGGAACAAUGAGUUAAAAUCAACAUUGACAGAAAAAGACUGUAUUGUAUUGUGAAGUAUUGUUCCGAAAAAUUGAAGAAGUACUGCAGUAGAACUGAAUGUUCAUCUUAAAGACUCUAUUUCCACAAAAACUGUCCGACGCGAGCUUCACCAAUCCACGUUAUAGCUGCAAUUGCUAAACUUCUGAUUGCUGAAAGUAAUGCUCAUUUGCGUAAACGACGGUGUCACGACCAUAAAAGCAGGAUAUCAGACAACUGGAAACGGGCAAUUGAUAUAGUCAGAUGAGUCGGCCUUCACGGUGUUCCCUACAUCAGGAAGAGUUUACAUUUGGAGAACACCCUAGGAAGUCUACAAUCCGGAAUGCCUGGUUCCAACAGUGAAACAUGGGGCAGGUUCUGUGAUGGUUUGGGCAGUAAUAUCGUGGUACAAUAUUCUGUUUGUCCCAUUAUUACCCUUCAUGGCCGAAUUACUGUAAGGGAUAUGUGGAGUGGCUGGGUAAUCAGGUGCAUCCCAUGACUCAGAUGUUAUUUCUGAACAGCGAUGUAGUUUUCCAAGAUGACAGUUCCCCAUUCACACAACUAGAACUGUUCAGUCUUUGAAGAGUAUAAAGGUGAAUUUAAGUGUCUUUCCUGGCAAGCACAAUCACCAGGUAUGAGCAUUGAACCACUUUUGUCAGUUUUGGAGACUAGAUUAAGCAACUGAUUCCCACCUUCAACAUCUCUAAAGCAACUUGAUGUUCUACAAGAAGAAUGUUAAAAAAUUGCAAUAGAGACUGUUCAAAACCUAUACGAGUCCCUUCCAAGAAGAAUUGCAGCUGUAUUGAAGGCUAAAGGUGGUCCAACAUCAUGUCAAUUAAAGAAAUGUGGACAGUAUCUGUUGUGUUUUCAUUGUUUUGUUCAACCCCUGUAUAUCAUUUUUCAAGAAAGGUGUUGUAUGUGGUGCCCAAAGAAGCAUAAAGUGCUGAAGACUGGAUAAUACAGCUUAUUUCUGGAUUGUUUCCAGAAACUUGGACACUGUUGUAGUCAUCAAUGAAUUCAUAAGGAUCUGCUUAAAAGUAAAGUUGUGCUUAAACAUCAUAUAAAGGUAGUGUAUAGGCAUGUACAGGUAUGGUUCCAGAACCGUCGAGCCAAGUGGCGCAAACAGGAGAAGCUGGCAGCAAAACAUCAACAGAUGGCACACAGCAAUGUCCAAUUAGUUCAAGGGCUUGUUUCAAUACCAGUAUCAAGCCCAGGAAACCUGAGUCUGGAGUCACCAUUGUUAUCACCAUCACAGUCCAUUACUACUGCAACAAGCUCUGCUACCACUUUGUCCCUUGGAAGUAGCCCUUUAGGUUCUUUCAGCCCAGGUGCAGGUGGGCCAACAGUGUCUACAACCUCUCCUGGAUCAGGUGGAAUUUUUCUCGGUGUGGACUGGGGAGGCUUCUCCCCAUAUCACCUGCCACCUCCAGGACACAAACCUCUUGACUCAGGAGAAUUAGAUACAGACUUACUUAGGAUGAAGCCAUCUGUUUCCAGAGAACAACAUUCUCCAUGUCUGCCACCACUUCUGUCGCCUGAAUAAAGUAUUUAAUGUAA